AUGGAGAAGCAAAAUCUGGAAGACUGCUAUGUGUCCGAGGAACAUGGAUUCAUCCUGCGGGACCCUCUGGACAAACUCCCCGACUACUACAAGCCUUGGAUGGACAUUGCAGAAUGUUUGUCUGUCUUGAUUGAGACCAAAAAACUACGAGAUGAAGUCAGUAAGAUGCCAGAGUUGGGGACACAGCAACUGAAAGGGCACCGGCAGCAGCGUCUGGCCAGAACAAUCCUUAGUCACAUUGUCAUGGGUUAUGUCUGGCAGAAUGGAGAGAGUGGAGGAGUUAAGGUGCUACCUCGGGCUCUGGCAGUGCCCUAUCAUCAGCUCUCACAUGCUCUCGGUCUGCCGCUGAUCAUUGUCCAUGCUGAUUUUGUCUUGGCCAACUGGAAAAAGAAGGACCCGCUGGGGCCUCUAACAAUAGAGAACCUGUCCACCAUUGUGUCUCUCCCAGGAGGUGACAGUCUGCAGGGUUUUGUACUGGUCACCCUGCUGGUAGAAGCGGCAGCCAUUCCCGCAGUCAAGGCUGUCAUUCAGGCAGUGAAAUCUUUGGAGUCUGAUGAUAAGCAGAGACUGCUUAUAGCUCUUCAAGACUUGGAACGCUCCAUAAACCAGAUGAGCGAGGCUCUGCAUCUCAUGUAUGAUUAUGUGGAUUCGGAUGUGUAUUACAAUACGAUCCGCAUAUACCUCUCCGGAUGGAAGGAUAACCCCAACAUGCCAGAAGGUCUGAUCUACGAAGGUGUGUCAGAGGAGCCUCUCCACUUCUCAGGGGGCAGUGCAGGACAGAGCACAAUCUUUCACGCGUUUGAUGAACUGCUGGGAAUUCAACAUAAGCCUAAUAGCUUGGACUUUCUUCUAAAGAUGCGCGACUACAUGCCACCAGCUCAUAGGGGCUUCAUUAGGUGGGUUCAAGAAGCUCCUAAGCUCCCUGAGUAUGUACAGAGGUCUAACGAUCCAGCUCUUCUCUCCGUUUUCAAUCAGUGCAUCUCUGCACUCACUGAGAUCCGCUCCCUUCAUAUCCGCAUUGUUUCCAAAUAUGUGAAUGCAGCUGGAAUUCGGGCCAGGAUGAAGACAAACCAAGCAGUAACGGAAGGCCAGGAACCACAGGAAAGAGGCACUGGUGGAUCACAGGUUAUGAGCUUUUUGAAAAGCGUCCGUGAUACCUGCAAAGAGGGAACACUGAGGCACAGUAUACCUGGAGACCACUGA